AUGGCCACAGAGAACUCACAAACAAUGCUCAUGUUUAUGGGGUUUAUUAGAGAAGUAAUAGGUUACAGUCAGCCCGGCCAGCCUCAGCCUAGAUCACGCCUUGGCGGUGACGCCCAAAGCCAGUGGCCCCGCGGAGGCGGGAGCGGGGCCAUGGCUGAGGAGGCCGAGCUGGCCGAGCUCAGUGGCGAAUCCCUUGGCGCUCAGGUUAAAACCCAGCUGCCCGUGGGAAAAAUGCUCGCGAGAUCGCGAAGGCGGGGUACGCGCUCCGUGCUCAAAGUGUCCCAGCUGCUGCUCCAGGCUAUCGCCGAACACCAAGGGCUGACUCUUGCGGCUCUCAAAAGGGAGCUUGGCAAUGCGGGCUACGAAGUGCGCAGGAAGAGUGGCCGCCAGUCGGGCGAAACGCCUAGGCCUGAGGUUAAGGGCACGCUCCUCCGGGUUAGCGGCAGCGACGCCGCGGGUUACUUCAGGGUCUGGAAGAAUCCGAAGCCUAAGAGGAGGAAGAUAGUACGCCCGAGGUUGGAAGAGAGUUCCCGCUCUCCGCGGAAGGCCCCACCGGGGCCCCGGAGCCCACGGAAGCGCCGCCCGCCUCGCAAGGCGGCCAAGAAGGCCAGGGAAGUACGGAGGCGGAGCACGAAGGUGGCCUUGAGGAUGAGGAGGCAGAGGCCAAGAGCCAAGGGCCAGGUGCGCCCGAGGGCCAAGGAGGAAGCGAGACCCGAGGUGAUGGAAGAGGGGAGACCAGGGACUUCGAAGGAGAUGAGGCCUACAACACGAGAGGCCAAGAGGCCAAGCUCAAAGCAAAGGGAAGAGAAGAAGCAGGACUCCGAGAAGUCGGUAAAACGAACCAUCCAGAAGCCAAGCCCGGUUAAAACCGACCGCACCUCUAGUGGGCAGGCUAAGACCCAGGACGUCAAGGCGGCUCGCACCAAGACUUCUAAAUCUGAAAGUCCUCAGACUGCCACUGAGAAUCCCUAG